AAAAAAAAAAAAAAUAGAAAUGAAAUAGAAGAACAGGUUACAUGAUUAGUAUAAAAACAAACAAAUAGUGUGCUUGAUAAACUAACCUGCAAUGGAUGUACUGUACUUAUCUUGACUAAAACCAUCAUACCAAUAUUGCAUUCGUGAGGAAUAAUGGUUGAACAGAAAACGAAUCAAGAAAAUGGUUUAACGACAUUUUAUUUACAAUCGACAUAUGUUCUACAUGAUGAAUUCGUGAACAAAUUCAUAAAUUGCAUUAAGCAAGUUGCUUCAUUGACUAUCUCUGGCUAACAAGAGAAGUACUUCUUUAAACGGACCGUUAAUUAUAGCUUAUGAUGCUUCUUCCCAAAUUUUUGAAAUUCGCAUUGCAGCAGAAGGCCGUAAACAGGCAAUUGAGCACUAUCAAGAGGUUGUCGAGAGAUUUCGUCAGGAAUUGAAUAAUGAAUCAUUAGUAGACACACAUCCAUUUGGUUGUAUGUACUAUACAUCGAAUGAAAUUCAAAGUUUUGAAGAGUUUUCUUUACGUCUCUAUGGUUUCCAAACUUCGAAUGACAUUAAGGACCCGAGCGGAGUAGUACUUAAUAGCUCCACUCAAGGAGUUUUGAACUCGGAAGAAGCCUCUCCUACCUUCAAAUCAAAAGAACCAAUUAUCAAAGAUAAUUCCAGCUCUGAUAUACAUUCAUUUCCAAAUGGUCUCCAACAAAGUUUCAGGAAAGUUUAAAACGCAUACUAAUCCUUCCGAACCAUAUAAACUUAUUGAAAGAAUUUGGUAAAGCUUCAAAUGUGAAAUACAGAAUCUGUGACGAGGAAAAUUAUGUUACAUUGCGUGCAUCCUCAAGAAAGGACUUAAACAAAAUGUUAGAUUUACUUAAUAGGCUGGAUUCUUUACUUGCUCAAGAACAGUUUGACCAUCGCGAAAGAAAUCUCUUUUGUGUUGGACAGUUUCCCAACUGUGAAUUAAAAUUUUUUUUGCUAAAAGCCGAUCAUCCCUUAUUUAAAAUUGCUUUGCGAACCCCUCAGGUUCGUAAAACCACGAUGAAUUUUAAAGAGUCAUGUUUCUUCAUUUUACUUUCAUACCAUGAUAAUAUAACCAAUGCUUAUAAGGUCUUUCCCUGGUUGUAUAAUACUUCAAGAAAAGAAAAUUCUUCCAAUAUAAAAUUUCCACUUUUUGACUCUCACGAUGAAAGUGUUGUAAGUACUUCUUCAUCGGUGCCUCCUGAUAAACAAGAUGAAAUUUUUAGUGAAAAGAGAGGAUUAGACACAUUCGCAGCUCGGUCAGCAUAUCCUUUGUCUUCAGAAUGGAAUAAAAAAUCAGCUGAAGGAAAUCAAAUUGUUUCACAAGUGGAGAGUACCUUGGAAAAGGUUCAGAAGCUAAAAAAUACCAGUACCAUUACUCAUUCUGAUGUGAAUGAUACUAAAGAGAAGGUGAAUAAAAACGAUCAACCAUAUAGAAUGAAAAAAGUUAAGAGCAGGCCUCCGAAAUACAAUUUCAAGCUUCCCCCGCGCCCUACUGAUUCUUCAAUAGUCAGUCAGUCAGAUUCAGAUGAGCUUGUUGUUCGUCGUGCAGUCAAUGCUGGAAACGACGGCAAUGAAAUAAUGUCUCAACCAAAAAACCGCAAGCAACAAUCAAGUACUUUUGUCUGUUCUUCCCUUCCGGCAACUUUGGAUAAGCUCUCCUUGAAUGAUCCUCCCCCCUCAAAAACAGUGGAAGGGUUUUCUUUGGUCUCUACUAAUCCGGUUUCUAGUUGUGGUAUUCGCAAUCUUCGUCUUUGCUUAAACAAGGAUAAUUGUUCUAAACAGUUAGAAAAUCAUGAAGAAUUCGACAAACAAAAUCAAAAGUUAUUAUACAUGACCCUCUCGAAAAGUUUGCAUGUUCUGCAGUCAUUUUCAGGAGAAAUACACAUGUCUUUAAAAAUUGGAAAAAUACUUUAUCCAAAUUUGAAACCAGAGAUAUAUCAAUUUUCUCAAAGUCUGUCUCGCUUUUAUAAAAAAGAUGAUUUACCUAAAUCAUUAUUUGCGAACUGCAUUACAAAUUCAGUUGAAGAAAUCAAUCACUUCCUGAAAAGGCCUGUAAUUAUUCGAUAUAGUCAUUCUGAAAUUUCCUAUGAUCUUGCGAAACCUGAGGCUGUGGAAACAAAUGAUUACUUUUUAUUCCAUGGAACUGUUAGGAAUGAAAAUAGAAAGAAAGGAGAAAUUUUUUUUAAGUCCUUCUUUAUGAGAUGUACCUCUAGUCUACAGGAAUGUUGUUUCUUCGAAGCUCGUGAUGCAAUCACCGUUUGUAAUAUCAAUUUUCCUGCUAUGCCUUGGGAUGCUCGCUUAGAGCUUCAUGCAUGGACCGUGUUAGAUAAUCCGGUAUUGGAAAUGUUUUAUAAGUCCUUAUGUUUCCGGAAUGAGGAAAAUAGCACUGUUUUAAGCUUUAACAAUGUGGAUAAUAAAGUUACUAUACUGUCGGUUCAGCGAAUUCAGGAAAAUUCAGUACUGUUUAACAAGGACGUACUUCCGCAGUCUACUGAUUUUUUGUUGAAGUACUCUAAGAUUAAGGAUUUUGAGAUCUAUUCUUCUAUAAAAGAUCCUUUUUCACAGUACGUGUGUGUGAACCAAACUGAGAACGCAGAUUUUUCUACAAAUUAUACGGUUAAAAUAGAGAGUCCGUUCAUGCACUCUCAAUUUGAACAUAACAAAUUUAUCAGGCCAACCGAAACGGCAAAGUGGGACUUGAGUAAUCCUCAAUUUCUUGGAGGUGCAAUGAUAGAGAACUCCCAGGAUUGGUACACUGCAGCAAAGAUUCUUGUAAAACAAUUAGACAGCAUUAACACAAUAUGUUAACUCAAUCAGCAGUCCCUUUAAGUCUACAUUACUUAUUCCGAUAACCCAAAUCUUAUUAAAACAGUGUUAAUAAAAUAUUGACGAAUGAACUUCACUCAUUCUUCUUCCAGA